AUGCUGUUCCCGCCUGCGUCUACGCCGCGAGGCCCGAAAGUCGCUACUAAAAAGGCACUCCUACUUAUAGAUUUUCAGAACGAGUUUACUGCACCUGCAGGGAAGCUCUACGUGCCGAACACAGCAACUUUCGUGUCGAAAUUACCUACUCUGGCUAACAAAUUUCGAGAAGAUGGCGAAGUGAUCUGGGUGAAAACAGUCUUUCAGCAUCCGUGUUCAUCAUUAUCGCCCCAGACUGGCGGCUACAGCAUUCUUACCAAAAGCUUGGCCGAACAUCUAGCACAACGACCUCGCGACGAUGUAUCCACUACUGACAAUAAAUCGAUCGAUGAAACUCGACGACGAAGACGAUUACCUGCUGUACAAGACGACGACGAAGCCUUCCUCAGCCCAAGGACGCCUGUAUCAGAGAGAUGUUGUUUGGCGGGCACCAAUGGAUCUGAGCUUUCCUCCGAGCUCGUGUCAUCUUUGGACCAGCAGAAGGACUUGAUACUGAAUAAAUUCCAAUACUCAGCUCUCGCAGACUUUUCGUUCCUCUUAAAGCUUCGAGCUCGCCUUGUGAACGACCUCUAUAUAUGUGGCUCACUAACAAACAUUGGCGUUCACGCGACUGUCCUUGACGCUGCACAGCAAGGCUUCAAUGUUACACUUAUCGAGGACUGCCUGGGAUUUCGCAAUUAUACUUGUCACCUCCAAGCAAUGAGACAGAUGGCUGAUGAUCUGGGUGCGAGUGGCAUCGAUUACCAAGAGCUAAUGGACGACUUGCAUGGCCUAUUGGGCGAUGUCAUUCCUGCCAACCGAUAUACCAGAGAAUUUCAAACAACUCAACAACAACUUGGAGGUCGGGGUCAGCUGUCACGCUCACAAAAGGUAAGCCAGUGGAUUACCACCGUAGAAAGUGACAGCGAGACAGAGAAACAACCAGCUACAAUGCAGGACUAUAGGAACCGCUCGUCAUUUCGAAGUGCAGGCAGCAAUGUGACACAUGACACCAUGCCGCAGCAUAAUGAGUCAUGUAUAAGAGAUGCAGACGCUCGCCGUCCACCGUCACGCAAGCGUUCAGCGAGUAACAGAGAAGAAUCUGAAGAAGUGAAUCGACCAAGUUCAAGGACGUCUGCUCCAGACGCCGAACCGCGGGCAGAGCCUGAUUCAUCAACUAAGACCAUAUCGGCUUCUAAGUCUUUGGCAGCGCAAAGAAGUAUACAAGAAAGCCCGUCUGCGAUCUCGAAGCAAAACUGUUCAACACUAUCGGCCAUGGGACAGGCUCAUUCGACAAGUCACAUCGAAACGGCACAACACUCGGAUCGCAGACCGCCUGCUGCAGAUCGCGCCUCGUCGCAGCCUGCCAUGACCACGAACUCCAGAAGUCCUAAGGUAGAUCACGAUGUCAAACGACGCAAAAAGAAGUAUGAUCCCACAUAUCUUGAACCGGAUGAACAAGUCGGUGACGGAGAGUCAAUGGUCAUCCACGAUGUUCUGUCUAAACAGGAAGCUGAUCGAGCCUUUACAAAACUCAAGAAUGACGUCACAUGGCAGAAGAUGUACCACCGUACAGGUGCAGUACCACGUCUCGUUGCUGUACAAGGCACAAUCGCCGAGGACGGAAGUAUUCCAAUCUACAGACAUCCAGCAGAUGAAUCUCCACCUCUGCUACCUUUCGACGAGACGGUCGACCAGCUUCGUCGGGCCUGUGAGCAGAAAGUCGGCCACAAGCUGAACCACGUCCUCAUUCAACUCUACCGCAACGGCGAGGACAAUAUCAGUGAACACAGCGAUAAGACAUUAGACAUCGUCCGUGACUCCAGCAUCGUCAAUCUGAGUAUAGGAGCAAUGCGUACAAUGACACUGCGAACGAAGAGAUCUUCCCAGCCAUCCACUACACGUUCUACCAAAAACGGCAACAUGGCGCCCACAGCACCCCUACCUCCUGAAUCAGAAUACCAACCACGAGCAGCUCAACGCAUAAAACUACCACACAACAGCAUCUUCGUCCUCGGCGAAAAGACAAAUGCAAACUGGCUCCAUAGUAUUCGCGCUGACAAGCGCCCCAUGUGCGAAAAAUCCGACGACGAGCUCGCGUUCGGCGGCGAGCGCAUCAGUCUUACCUUUCGACAUAUCGGGACAUUCGUCGACCUGCAAAACCGGCUUAUUUGGGGUCAGGGAUCUACUGGCCGCACCAGGGAGGACGCACGAGCGAUUCUGAAAGGGAACGAGGCGGGUGUUGUUGGUGAAGAGAUGAUUAUCGGUUUUGGGAAGGAGAAUCGUUUGUCAGGUUCCGAGUGGGAUUGGAAUGCGGUUUAUGGGAAGGGGUUUGAUGCUGUGAAUUGGGAUGUUAAGGUAGGUCCUGACGAGAGUAAAGACGAUUGCAAGGAGAGGUCGUCUAAUAUUCUAGCAGGAUGA